AUGGCUUCCCCACAGAUGCCCAUCAAGUUUCAGGAACAUUUACAGCUGGUUAGUAUUGGAAUUCAGCCUAGCAGCAUAGGAUUUAGUACUUUGACAAUGGAAUCGGAUAAGUUUAUUUGCGUCAGAGAGAAGACAGGUGAGACGUCACAGGUUGUAAUUAUUGAUAUGAAUGAUCCAAUGAACCCUACCCGUCGUCCUAUUUCUGCCGAUACUAUAAUAAUGAACCCCGUAAGUAAGGUGAUGGCAUUAAAAGCUGGGAAGUUGUUACAAAUCUUCAACAUCGAGCUGAAAAGCAAGAUGAAAACCUACACCAUGCCAGAAGAUGUUGUAUUUUGCAAGUGGAUAUCCGUGAACACCAUCGCACUCGUGACUGGUACUAGUGUUUAUCACUGGGCUAUGGAUGGUGAUUCAAAUCCAGUCAAAAUGUUUGAUCGUCACCAAUCUCUGGCAUCUAGUCAAAUCAUAAGCUAUCGUUGCGACCCAAGUCAGAAGUGGUUGUUGCUUAUCGGAAUAACUUCACAGGACAAUCGAGUUGUUGGAUAUAUGCAGUUGUAUAGCGUGGAGCGCAAAGUUAGUCAAGCGAUAGAGGGCCAUGCCGCUGCAUUUGCUCGUUACAUACCUGAAGGAAAUGCCAAUCCCACCACAUUGUUUUGUUUUGCCUCACGAAAUGCCCAAGCAUGCAAAUUACACAUAAUUGAAGUUGGUCAACCACCUGCAGGAAACCAACCAUUUCCUAAGAAGGCCAUUGAUGUUUACUUCCCACCAGAAGCUCAGAUCGACUUUCCUGUUGCAAUGCAGACUUCGUCAAAGUAUGGCAUCAUAUACUUGAUAACGAAAAGCGGGUACUUACACCUUUAUGAUAUUGAAAGUGGAUCAUGUAUAUAUAUGAAUCGGAUAAGCAGCGAUACCAUUUUCGUAACAGCUCCCUACGAACCAACUUCCGGUAUCAUUGGCGUUAAUAGGAAAGGGCAGGUAUUAUCCGUCAGUAUCGAUGAAGAUACUAUCAUCAGUUACAUAACCACUACGUUGGAAAACCCCACACUUGCGCUCCAAAUGGCUUCUAGAUGCAAUCUUCCUGGUGCAGAAGAUUUGUUUUUCAAGAAAUUCGAUUCUCUUUUUCAAUCCGGUCAGUUUCCCGAAGCUGCGAAGUUAGCAGCUAAUGCUCCUAAAGGUAUUUUGCGCACUCCACAGACAAUUCAACGUUUUCAACAGGUGUCAAGUGCACCAGGGCAAGCAUCAGCCCUGUUGCAGUAUUUUGGAAUUCUACUUGACCAAGGUCAACUUAACAAGUUCGAAAGUCUGGAGCUUUGUAGACCAGUUUUACAACAGGGUAGGAAACAGUUGUUGGAAAAAUGGUUGAAGGAGGACAAAUUAGAAUGUUCAGAGGAGUUAGGAGAUCUUGUUAAGCAGGCGGAUCCUACACUAGCUUUGUCAGUCUACCUAAGGGCCAAUGUUCCACCAAAGGUCGUACAGUGUUUUGCUGAAACUGGCCAGUUUCAGAAAAUCAUCGUUUAUGCGAAGAAGGUCGGCUACACACCAGAUUAUAUUUUUCUGUUACGCAACCUAACUCGUAUCAACCCAGACCAAGGUUUGCAGUUUGCCCAAAUGUUGGUUCAGGAUCAAGAACCUUUAGUUGAUUUAGAACAAGUUGUAAAUGUGUUUAUGGAUCAAGGUUUGGUGCAGCAAUGUACAUCAUUCUUACUGGAUGCAUUAAAGCAUAAUCGACCUUCUGAGGGACAUCUCCAAACUCGUUUAUUAGAAAUGAAUCUGAUGUCAGCACCUCAGGUUGCGGAUGCAAUUUUGGGCAACCAAAUGUUUUCACAUUAUGAUCGGGCAGCUAUUGCUCAGUUGUGUGAGAAAGCAGGGUUGUUGCAGCGGGCUUUGGAGCACUAUACUGAUCUUUACGACAUCAAACGGGCUGUCGUAAGUACACAUUUGUUAAAUCCUGAGUGGCUUGUCAAUUAUUUUGGCUCACUUUCUGUUGAUGACUCGUUGGAGUGUUUGAGAGCUAUGCUGCAGACAAAUAUUAGACAAAAUCUCCAGGUCUGUGUCCAGAUUGCUACUAAGUAUCACGAACAGUUGGGGACGAAUGCGCUUAUCGAAAUUUUUGAAUCCUUCAAAUCAUUUGAAGGCCUGUUUUACUUUUUGGGGUCUAUUGUUAAUUUUAGUCAAGAACCUGAAGUUCAUUUUAAAUAUAUUCAAGCUGCCUGUAAAACCGGACAAGUCAAAGAAGUUGAACGGAUUUGUCGCGAAAGCAAUUGUUAUGAACCAGAACGAGUUAAAAAUUUUCUUAAGGAGGCAAAACUUACGGACCAAUUACCUCUUAUUAUUGUCUGCGAUCGCUUCGAUUUUGUUCAUGAUCUCGUCCUUUAUUUGUUUCGUAAUAAUUUGCAGAAAUACAUUGAGAUUUAUGUGCAAAAAGUUAAUCCAGCCCGUUUACCGGUAGUUGUUGGAGGCCUUUUAGAUGUUGAUUGUUCAGAGGACAUAAUAAAGCAGUUGAUGGCAGUUGUUCGUGGUCAGUUCAAUACUGAUGAACUUGUUGCAGAAGUGGAAAAGCGCAAUCGGCUGAAGUUAUUACUGCCAUGGCUUGAGUCACGUGUACAUGAAGGAUCUGUCGAACCUGCUACACAUAAUGCCCUAGCAAAGAUUUACAUAGACCUUAACAACAAUCCUGAACGUUUCUUGAGAGAAAAUCAGUAUUAUAAUAGCUCUGUUGUCGGUAAAUACUGUGAAAAGCGUGAUCCACAUUUAGCGUGUAUUGCAUAUGAACGUGGGCAUUGUGACCAAGAUCUAAUCAGAGUUUGUAAUGAAAACGCAUUAUUCAAAACUGAAGCUCGUUACUUAGUUAGACGGAAAGAACCGGAGCUAUGGGCUGAAGCUUUAAGUGAAUCUAAUAGUUACCGUCGACAAUUAAUUGAUCAAGUUGUUCAAACAGCACUUUCUGAGACCCAAGAUCCUGAAGAGAUAUCCGUUUCUGUUAAAGCAUUUAUGGCUGCGGAUAUGCCGAAUGAACUGAUUGAACUUCUGGAGAAAAUAGUUCUGGACAAUUCAGUAUUUUCUGAUCAUCGCAACCUUCAAAACCUUUUAAUCCUAACUGCAAUUAAGGCUGAUAAAAGUCGUGUCAUGGAAUACAUUAAUCGCUUGGAUAAUUAUGAUGCUCCUGAUGUUGCUAACAUAGCCAUAAAUAAUUCUCUUUUUGAAGAAGCAUUUUCCAUUUUCAAGAAAUUUGAAGUCAACACAUCCGCUAUUCAGGUUUUGAUUGACCAUGUCAAAAAUUUUGAUAGGGCCUAUGAAUUUGCUGAACGCUGUAAUGAGCCAGCUGUUUGGAGUCUUCUAGCACAUGCUCAGUUAGCUCAAGGUUCCAUAAAAGAAGCCAUCGACUCAUACGUGAAGGCGUCUGAUCCUAGUCGAUUCCAAGCGGUCUCCGAAGCUGCUUCAAACUCUGGAAAUUGGGAAGAUUUAGUUCGUUAUCUCCAAAUGGCACGUAAGAAAGCCCGUGAGACGUUUAUUGAGUCAGAGCUUGCCUUCGCCUAUGCAAGGACUAAUCGUUUGUCAGAUCUCGAAGAGUUCAUUUCAGGGCCAAAUCAUGCCAAUAUAACUGUUGUAGCCGAUCGUUGUUUUGACCAACAACUAUACGAGGCAGCUAAGAUAUUAUAUUCAAACGUUAGCAACUAUUCCCGCCUAGCAAUAACUUUGGUUCACUUAGGUGAGUAUCAGGGAUCUGUGGAUGCUGCUCGGAAAGCAAAUUCAACACGCACUUGGAAGGAAGUAUGUUUCGCUUGUGUAAAUCACAAGGAAUUUCGUUUGGCUCAAAUGUGCGGUCUACAUAUUGUUGUACAUGCAGAUGAAUUAGGCGAUCUUAUUAAUUACUAUGAACAACGCGGUCACUUUGAUGAACUUAUUCAACUUUUGGAAGCUGGUUUAGGUUUGGAACGGGCACAUAUGGGCAUGUUCACUGAGCUGGCAAUAUUGUAUUCAAAGUUUAAGCCGGAGAAAAUGCGGGAACAUUUGGAGCUUUUCUGGUCUCGUGUCAAUAUUCCAAAGGUUCUUCGUGCUGCUGAACAAGCUCAUUUAUGGUCAGAGUUAGUAUUUCUUUAUGAUAAGUAUGAAGAGUAUGAUAAUGCGAUUCUUACAAUGAUGAGUCAUCCAACUGAAGGAUGGAGAGAGAAUCAUUUCAAAGACUUAAUAACACGAGUUGCUAACGUAGAAUUAUAUUAUAAAGCUAUCCAAUUCUACUUGACUUACAAACCGCUGCUUCUAAAUGACUUACUCAUGGUCUUAUCACCUCGUUUGGAUCAUACACGUGCAGUAAAUUUCUUCAUCAAGGCAGGACAUAUUGCUCUAGUUAAACCCUAUUUGCGGUUCGUUCAACAAAAUAAUGCAAAUAAUAAAUCAGUGAACGAGGCUUUAAACGACUUGUUAAUCGAAGAAGAAGACUAUCAAGCUUUAAGGCAAUCUAUUGAAACUCAUAGUAACUUUGAUCAUAUUGCGUUGGCUCAACAGUUAGAGCGUCACGAACUCAUUGAGUUUCGUCGCCUUGCCGCUUUAUUGUUUAAAGGUAGUAAUCGGUGGAUGCAAAGUAUCGACCUUUGUAAACGUGAUCAGUUGUAUUCUGACGCCAUGCAAUAUGCCUGGGAUUCUCGGGAUCCUGAGACAGCUGAGGAAUUGCUUCGUUGGUUCCUUUCCGAAAAUCUACCCGAUUGUUUCGCAGCUUGUCUUUACCGUUGUUACGAUCUCCUGCGUCCAGAUGUUGUCUUGGAACUUGCUUGGCGCAAUGGACUUAUUGACAUGGCUAUGCCAUUCUUAAUUCAAACUUUGAGAGAGUUAACAACAAAAGUGGAUCGUCUAGAACGCUCUGAACAAACUCGUGCUGCUGAAGAGGAGAAAGCUGAACAGGCAGUUAAUCCGCUAGUGAUGCGAACUGAACCUCAGUUAAUGUUACCGGGACCAGCAGGAUCUAUGCCAGCAGCCUUAAUCCCACCAACGGGCGCACCAAUUGGAAUGUUCGGAGUUACUGGCCCACAAAUUUUAAUCUAUCUGCCAAAAUUUCCAACUAUUGAUAAUUGGCUGCAUAAGGCGCCUCUUCCUCUACAAUUAAAGAGUACUCAACAGAGAUGCAGCCUUCUUCAAUAA